UUAUUUAACAAAACAUUCGUCUUCGAUGAGUUUGGCUGCAACGGUGUUACUUAACGUGUAUUUCCCUAAAGUAAACAAUGAAUUUCAUUCGGGGUGUCUUAAUUGUUGCAUCUACGAUCCAAUUCGUUAGAGCACAAGGUAGCAUGGUCGAAAGAAAAAUUAUCGUUUCUGACAAACUACCGGCACCGAUGCCAUUUUUUAGUCAAGCUGUCCAAGUGAACAAUGUACUCUACAUAUCCGGGACCUUAGGGGUAACCAUAAACGGAGAACUGGUGGAAGGUGUAACGAAUCAAACAAAAUUAGCGUUAGACAACAUCGGACAUGUGUUAGAGGCUGCAGGCAUCACCUUCGAUAACGUUGUGAAAGUGACUGUUCUGUUAAGCGAUAUUCAAGACUAUGGUGCAAUGAAUGACGUUUAUGUAUUAUAUUUCAACGAGAAGCCGCCAGCAAGACUAGCAUUUAUGGCUACACUACCGCUAGAUGCAAAAGUUGAAAUUGAAGCUGUGGCAAUGGUUGGUCAUAUUGUAGAUGUUGAAGAUCAGGAAAACAAUGCAUUAAGUAUUAAAGGGGCGCUACCAACGAUACUAUUAAUGUCAUUAGUUCACUGCCAGUGGCUCAUAGUGUAGCAAUACUAAGUUAAAAAGGAAUAAAAGACAAACCUCUGUUCGACAAUCAAUUCGCCCUCUCUGAAUUCAUCAGCGAUA